GGCAUUUAUUUCAACAGGGGCAUUCCUUUCCAUUCAAUCAACCUUCUUUUUUUGUCUCUUAUUUCACCUCUGUAACCAAACUUGCGACUAAUAUCGAGACCCAUUUGCAAAACUACCAGGAACAUCAAUCCGUGGCGGAAUUGCAUUAUCAACAACAGUAGCUUUUUAGUGGCAACAACAACGCCAACCGCUAGCACCGACAUCGAGGGCUUGCUACACAUCUCUAUCUUUUUAUCAACCACAAAGUCAGCAGCCGUGCCGUUGGCGAUCCGCUUUCAUGAAUACAGACUCCUAUCUAGACAGGCCGCACUACAAGCAUCCUCCCCGAGGAACCGUGUCCUCAGCCGACUACGAGGCAGGCGAGGAGAGCUCCACAUCCUCCAUGGACCGCCACAAUGCCGCCGGUUACAAUAACAACUCUGCUUCGUCUCUCGGAUACCCACAUGACGCAUACGAUCCCAGGUCCAAACAACAGCAACAGCACCAUCAAACACCACCUGUACAACAGCAGCAACACUCCUUUUCUAACUCAAGCCAGCCAUUGUCCGGAUUUGCCACUCCUGAAAGCUCACCACAAUCCCAAAGCAGUGGCCAUCAACGCAGUGGUAGCGGCAGCGGGAACGGCACCGGCGCCUAUCAUUACAGCAGCGGAAGCGAAGAAGAUCAUGAGUCAUUCCCAUCGCGAGAGCCACCAUUGUUGAAUGAUCUGUCAGGCGCGGAGUCGUACCGUGUCCGACGAGACUCGGGGUUGCCAAUCAAGAUGACAGCCGCCAAACGACUCCCUCCUUUCGGAGCCAAUCUUUCCUCCAUUCCAGCAGGGUCACAUAUUGUAGAAGAAGAAGAAGAAGAAGAGAUUGACGACCAGAUGGACAGAUGCGGCAUUCAUGAGGAUGAUAUUGAGAGCAUACCGCUCGAUGACGACGAGCAGGAGGCCUUGCAGCAGAUGCGCGAUCGGGACUUUGAUGCAAGGCAGGUGAACGACAAAUCCAGGAAGGGCGGGUCAAAACAAAGCCUGGCUGAAAUGCCCUCGAGUCGGUCCUCCUUUCACCCUUUUCCUUCCCCUCCAACAAGGACCGUGCCCACCACUGCAUCCAAUUCUGUAAAGUCAUCGCCCUCUCCUUUGGCCUCCGCCCCAUCCUCGCAAGGCCAUCGCACUCCUCAAGUGCAUCCCAUCCGUCCACCAGAGCCAGACCGGGGACCAGCAGACCUCAGCAACCCCAGCAUGGCCCUCGCCGAAGCCCUCAUCGCCGCCAGGUCAAAGGCUGAAUCCAAAGCUAAGACACAGCAGCAACAGCAACAAUCACAGCAACAGUCAUCCUCAGGCACAACGUCCUCCAAUGGCCACAGCAGUUUCAGCUAUGUUGAAAAUGAGCAUAAGCAAACGCAGUCCAACACCCAAAUCAGGAUCCCUGUACCAGAUCUCUCGCCCUCACUACGAGGAUACCCAUCCCACUCUGGCCGUCAGCAGGACCUCGAACGGAACCCAGAGGGGCUUCUCUAUACCCGCAAAACCUCCUUCACACUCUCACCAACGUCUUCUAACCCAGAAUUAGCAGAAUCCCAGACCGACAGCCACUCUGGGUCAUAUCGUACACCUCGCCCCAACCUCGGCGGCGGUCUCAGCGCACACCAUGCUCCUUCAGCAUCAACAAAGUACAACAGCCGUGGCAACAGGCCCAUAGGGCCCAGCAUUUCAUCCACCAUGUCCAGGUAUUCCGAUGACUACCAGCAGCAGCAGAGACAACACCCAUCCCAGUAUAAACGAGAGUCCAGCCUCCUUGGCACUUCAUAUGAUUCUGCCAACUCUGCUCAGCAAGAUGGAGACCUGUAUUCAAGGUAUACAUACCCAGGACAGGAGUUGGAGCAGGGAUCCCUCCCCAGUCAAGGCUACACAGAGAGUCUCCAGCAUUCACCCAGGGACACACGCGGUCAGUCAAAGGAGGGGUAUGCCAGUCAGCGCCUUUUUGGAUCUUCUGCGGAGUCAGCAUCUCAUCAUUAUUCAGGCGAUCAGGGAAACAUGUCCAGCAAAGCGUUUCAAAAGCAGCGUCAGGAUCACAAGCAAAAUGGGCGUGCCGAACCUUCCACUUCUGCUGUUUCAGGAAACGGUUUUCCGGCCACGUCUUCUUCUCACUCGCUUGGCCUUUCUGAGGAUCUCCAAGAUCAACUGACCACUGAAGCCGAAUACAUCAUGAACCGGAAUACGGAGUUACUCCGAAUCCUUAAUAUUCGCGACGAGGAGAUCCAGACAUUGCAGCAGGAAUUGGAUCACACUCUCAAGGUGAUGCACGAGUACGAGGAUGACCUGAUGGCGAUGCAUACUGCGGCCGCAAAACCGUACGAAAGCUAUCAUCAAACAUUGGAUCAGAUCGGCCGCGAGAUGACGCAACAGGAGGCGCUUUUGCAGGGAUACCAGCAGGAAAACGAGAAACUGACGACUCAGCUUAAGUCUUCUGUCGAGCUGCGUCAAGAGGCUGAGAAGCGUCAUCUGCAGACAGUGGAACGGCUCAAGAACGAGAUGGCUCAGCUGCGGUCCGAGCUGGAUAGCUCUGAUCAAGAAAAGUAUGGCAAUGCGGACCUUCGAGUGUUGCUGAAACAGGCACAGGAGAGCCAUGAAAGGACGCGAAAAAAUCUCAAGGACAAGGAGGAAGAGCAUCAGGCUGAAAUCGCGGACUUGAAGGAGCGACUUCGAGUGACAGAACAAAUCCUGGACGAAGAGCGGAGGGUCAAGACCGAGGAUAUGCAGAAACUUGAGCGCGAGGUGCAGGACUUCCGUGCUGGAUACGAUGGCAUGUUAGCUCAGCUGCAAUCGCUCAUUCCCAGUUACCGAAGACCUCACUCGAAGCGCGCAUCAUCUUUGUCCUCUGCGGAUGACAACCAGGCCGAUACCACAGUCGAUUUGGAUCUGGAGAAAGACAUUGGCUUGAUCAGGGCCUCGGCAUUGAAGACCUCUACGGAACCAUCAAUCUGCAGCAAGUUGAGUUCACCUUCGCCACCACUCUCGGAUUCCCAGCAACAGCAGAAGGGAUCCAAGAACAAGCUGCUGGACCGUAAACUCACCUCCACCGAGACAUUGACGACUGCCAGCAUGCCUAAUCACGCAGACGGCGACAAGCUGGACUUGGAGGAGAGGCUUAGCAAGUUCGAGGCAGAUGUGCGUAAAAGUCUUAUGCGCACAGCAUCCGUCGAAAGUUUCAUCAGCGUUCGAUCUUCGACUGGAACCGUCAUUCCUUUGUCUUCUCAGACCAAGAAUCACCAGCACCAUAAUGGGAGCUCGCGAGAGGAUCUACGACUGUCCGCGCUGAGCGAGCAGCACAAGCUGGCCAACAAACUGAGAGAUCGGAUUAACACGCUUAAUGUUGAAAACAAACGUCUUCAUAAGGAGCUGUCCUCGCUUUCACUAGUUUUGCGACAGCAGCAGGCGGAGAGGCAGCGCAGGGUCAAUCAGCUUGAAGAAUUGCUGGAUAUGCACGAGAACGCCGCAAAUCAAAGGCUGGACGACGCCAACACGGACGAGGGUCAGGCUAGGAUCCGCAAGGUCAUCCAGGGUCUACUGGUGAGGAUUCGAACCAAAGAGGCCGAAGCCGAGUUCUACCACAAUGCCUAUCUCGACAAAGUCUUGGAGCUCGAUCAGAUGGCGCUCGCCAACGGCAAAAAUCAAGUUAUGGAGAACCACUUGGAUGAAGGCCAUGCUCAAGCGGUGGUUGAGGGUCUUUCGAUCGCAGCAGCGCCUACCAGCGGCGUCGAGGCACUCGAAGCUCGCGUCAAGGAGUUGGAACGCAUCAAUAUGGAGACUGCUUUCCGAUUGGCAGCGGAGCAGAGACGGGCGCAGGCAGCCGAGGCGGAAAACGCAACUUUAGUCCGCGAGAAGCUGACGCUCGCUCGCAUGCUGGAGGAUCAGGUGGACCAGCUCCAGUCCAAGUUGAGUGCGGCAGAGAUCGCAAAGGCCAAACUUCAGGACGAGAAUACUACUUUACGUCAACAAGGACCCAAGGACCAACAGCAGGGCGAGCGAGGCCAUCCUAAUGGUCAGGAGAGUGCCGCCAAUGCCGCAGAAGUAGAGUCGGUGGCCAUUAUGCGUACUCGGAUGCUGUCGCUCACCAAACAACGAGACCAGCUUCGAGAACAACUUCAGGAGGCCUUUGACAUCCAAUUGACAAUGCAGGAUCGCUCUGCGGGUGGAGUACCAGAGUGGUCUGUGGACGAUUAUAAGAGGCUUGAAAAGGCUUUGGAGGAGAGGACCUCGGAGCUGGGCGCUUGGAAGGAGCGUGCCGUCGCUUUGGAGAAGGUUGUGGAGCGAAUCAGGAUGAUCAAGGACAAGCCUGAGCCGACAGGACUGUCGCUGGAGAGAUCGUCGACCCGCGACAGUGAUUCUGUUGUCAGUACAUCGUCAGCUGGUGGCCGUUCACAGCAUCAUACGCUGGAGGAGCUGGACCAAGUCGUGCUGCGGUUGGAACAGCGCUUGGAGCGUCGCGAUCAGGAGCUCCAGGAAGUGGUCUUGGAGGCGAAGCGACAGACGGAUCAGCGACUAGAGGCAUGGAAGGCUAAGUGGGUUCAGGUAGUGCAGCGGAAGAAUGCAGAAAUUCAUCGGUUCCAGGUCGAGCUCGAAUCGCUAAUGACAGCUGUGGACCGAGAUCGUGCGAGGAUGGCUGCAUCGAUGAAGAAGUGAGCGUUCUUGGGAACCUUUGCCACCAGUCCAAUGCCGUUUUUAUUAUUGGUGAACGGCAGUUAUGGUUUCGUCCGCAUGUUUGCCUGCUUAUGAUACCCCAGUUCUUUUGCAUUAUUAUAUAUUUCUACCAUUCGUAACAUAUUUAUUCGUGUACUAAUUAUACCCACCUAGAAAAAUCAAUCUUUGUGCUAAUACCAACGAUCCUUGGUUGUUCGCUUUCAUGCGCUUCUUUUCUUUAACUUCUUUUACUUCUUUUUUUUUUUUUUUUUUUUUUUUU